GGGCAGGAGGGAGGCUACCCGCCUGCCCGACGGUGAGGGACGGCGCGAGAGGAACUCAGUUGCCUGGCUGGCCCCACAGUGCUUAGACGGUGCCGCGCUGCGCCCGCGUCCCAGUGAUUUUGACGCUUCCUUGAUAGUGAGAGCCGAGACGGCGAGCUGUGUGAGUGCGGGUUUUGGCUCUCCAAGACCCAUGUGGCACGCGCCGUGAGUGCCCGCGUAGUGCCAGGUCUCCUUGGCCGCCACCAUGCCUAGUGCCUUCGAUCUGUUUGGCUCGUUCGAGAACUCGUUGCGGACUUAUCAUAAACCACAAUGGCGGUUCAAGCCGUGCCCGCACGGCAUUCACGUGCCCGAGCACUGCACGUGCGACCCCAACCACGAGUGCAAGAGGCCGCACUGCGCCAAUGACGUGCCCCUCGACCCAACCUGCAGGCUGAGCAUCGGCACGCCCUUCGGACCCAUGAUCUCCAUCACGGACUCUCCGCCCCACAAGUGCCACUCGAGCGGCUGCGCCCCCUCCACGCCCACCACGCCCACGAAGACGCUCGUGCCCUUCGCUGUGGUCGACCGCCUGUACUCGACACGUACCCACUCCUCCGCCGCCAAGAUGAAGGGCGGAGGCGCGGGCCACGAGGACGCGAGCGACGACGGGGGCGUGAAUGGCAGCAUGGGCGGCAAGUCGGGCUCCAGACUUAUCUCGCAGCUGAUCGGCGACCAGGCCUUCGGCAGCCACGACCGCACAAGGCGGGACGGCGCGUCUCCGUCCCCGACACGACGAGCGCAGAGCAUCGGCGUCCGCCGGGCCGCCACCUUCACGCCGGCGGACCUCUCGACGCCCUCCCGCCGCUCCCAUUCCUCCCACGCCACCGUAAAGUCGACGGCGCGGGCGGCGUCGAAGCCUCGUCGAGGGCGCGGCAGCGAGAGCGACGCCUCGAGCGAGCUGUCGUCCUCCCCCGAGACGUCCCCUGGGUCCACGCCUUCGCCGACGCCCUCGUCCACGCCCAGGAAACACCUGUCGCCCAAGAACAGUGGCGCGCAGCUCCUGCCUGCUAGGACGCCUUCCAUCAAGAGAAAUGCCAAGACGCCCUACGCCCGCCCCUCUGCGGUCUUCUGCGGCGGCGGUGGCGGAGGGCGCGGCAAGAUCAAGCCGACGCCCCUGAAUAAGAGUGCCAGCGAUGGCGUGGAGCGCGGACGGAGCAGCGUGGGCCUGAGGAGCAGCAAGGGCAAGGGCGAGGGGCUUCUGGCUGCGGGCGAGAAGAAAAUCCUCAACGACGACAUCUUGACGCAGCAGCUACACAACAAGCUGGCGCGCGUCUCCUCGGACUCCCGCGUGGACGAGCUCCUGGCGCAGGCCUACAUGGCUCUGGAAAGCCUCACGCCAGAGGCCAGUACCGGAGGCCCCGUGGUGGCGGAGCGCGCCCCUGCGACACCCCACGCGGGCACCGACGCCCUUCGCCGCCUGGCCAUCGCGCACGCUCGGAAGGAGAAUGGAAAGAGCUAUAAGGACCUCACGCAGAUCCUGCAAGAGAAGAUUCAGGAACUGGACAAUGCUGUGGUAAGUUGCACAUUCGAGACAGGACGAUGUAUUCUGCUGCUUAAAGUGUGAGUACAGGUAUUGGAU